AUGGCUCCCGAAGAUGGUCUCUUCUCGUCCAAGCUCAUCUCUCCAGAGGUAGCUGAGAAGCUUCCCGAGGGCUACCAGCUGCGGGCCCUGCGGCCGACCGACUUUGACACUGGCUUUCUCGAGUGCUUGAGGGUAUUGACAACGGUCGGCGACAUUACCAAGGAGUCUUUUGAGGAACAAUUCAGGCAGAUGGAUAAGCAGGGCGGGUACUACAUCAUUGUCAUUGAGGAUACCAACAGAGCUGAGAUGGAGAAUUCGGUUGUUGCCACCGGUGCUCUGAUUGUCGAGCGCAAGUUCAUUCAUAGUCUCGGUGCAGUCGGGCACAUUGAAGACAUCGCCGUUGCCAAAGACCAACAGGGCAAGAAGCUUGGCCUCCGACUCAUCCAAGCGCUCGACUACGUCGCCGAAAAGGUCGGCUGCUACAAGUGCAUUCUCGACUGCAGCGACGCCAACGAAGGUUUCUACAUCAAGUGCGGAUUCAGACGGGCUGGGUUGCAGAUGGCGCACUACUACCAGGGAAACAAGAGUAAAUCUCAAUGA